CCUAGCUAUGCCCCAGUAAGAUUUAAACCCACUUGCAUCGUUUCCCCAACAAACAGAGCUUACCGAGGUGUUAACCGCAAGGAAAGAUAUGUCCUCGCCAAUGCGGCAUUCCCGGACCCCUCACAUAAGAGGGAAAAGAGGGACAAUACUUAAGUAUUUUCGAAACAUGCUUUAAGUAAGCUGAUUUUUAGAGAGGUGGUUAUAUGAACUGACUAUGAGGGAAUAAUAUUAUCGUCUUGACGGUAUUUCAUAGUCUCUCACAAUGUCCGGUGACGGAACCCAGAGUAACAAGCCUGCCAGCUUUCAACUCCAUCUAGUUGUCGUCGGAGCAGGGUUAGCUGGCCUUGCCGCUGCCAUCAGCACACGCCUGGAAGGUCAUCGAGUCACGGUACUGGAGAAAACUACUAGGUUAGAAGAAGUCGGUGCUGGACUACAGGUUACCCCUAAUGCAAGCCGUUUAUUCCAUCAUUGGGGAGUUUUCGAUGAACUAAGUUCCAAGGCUGCCGUCCCAUCCUAUCUAGCAGUUCGACGAUAUGACGGUACGCGUAUCCUAGCUCGUGAUGACCAUUAUCAAGAGAAGAUACUCGAGCGAUACGGAGCUCCAUUCUGGGACCUCCACCGUGCAGACUUGCAGGAAGCAUUAGUGCGUCGUGCUCGCUCACUCGGCGUCGAUAUUCUGCUGGGUUUUGAUGUUCAACACGUUGACUUUCAACGCGCCGCGGUAGUUGCACAAGAUGGUCAGAAGGUACAAGGCGAUCUAGUUCUUGGUGCGGAUGGUUUAUGGUCGCGCACGAGAAGUUUCUUGUUACAACAACAGCUAACACCGAAGCCAACCGGAGAUCUUGCAUAUCGAAUUAUAUUGAAUCUAGAAGAUAUAAAUGAUCCGGAGUUACGGGAAUUAGUGUCCAAUCCAUCUGUCAAUUUCUGGAUUGGUCCAGAGUCUCAUGUCGUGGGCUAUUCACUCCGACAGGGUCGCAUGUAUAACCUUGUUUUACUCCGGCCUGAUGACCUCCCAGAACACGUGAGCCGCUCUGCUGCUGAUGUGGAUGAGAUGCGGAAGCUAUUCGAGCCGUGGGAUCCAAUCUUGAACAAAUUGCUAGCAUGUGUGAACAAGGUGGAUAAAUGGCGACUAAUGCAUAUAUCCCCCUUAGAUACCUGGGUGAAUAAUGAGGCAUCUUUCCUCCUGGCGGGCGAUGCAUGUCAUCCAAUGCUCCCGUAUCUUGCACAAGGAGCCAACUCCUCCCUGGAAGACGGUGCUGUCCUCGGUCGGCUACUUAAAUACGUAACUAGUCGCGAUAAGCUAGCCCCUGCGCUUGGGUUAUAUCAACAGCUACGAAAGAUUCGGGGCGAGGCAAUAGCAAAGGAAGCAUUAGGUCAGAGAGAUUCAUUCCAUUUACCCGAUGGUCCUUCUCAGGAGCAACGAGACGCUAUCUUCCUCGAAAAUGUGGACAAGGAACCGCCACCACAUUUUCCCAGUCGCUGGACCUGCCCCACAGUGCAGCCAUGGCUAUAUAGCUAUGAUGCUGUAGCAGAAGCUGAUAAGGCUUAUGAGACGCACCCAUUCUGAUUCGCACAGUAGGGUUACUUAUAGACACGCACGAUACAUAUACCGUCCAUUUCCAACUAAGACUUCGGGCUACAUCGGUUUACCCUUGGAGGUAGAUGUAUGGUAUCAUUUGUUUAGAGUUUAAAGGCUUACAAUAUCCAGCCUACUUUCUCCUUUUCUGGGCAUUAUAUGGCGGUAGUUGAACUAAGCCUUAUGUAACCUCACAAGACCCGAUCUUCUUUGCCAUUUAUUUGAUACUCAAUAGUAUCAGUUAUUUAAACC